AUGGGAAUUAUAGGUGAACCACUCUCUUCGCAAACUUCUCGAGAUCAGUCCUUGAAACCGUUCCCCUCAAACGGCCAGAACAACAAGCUUAGUUUAUCAGAACCACACAAGGAUCACAGAAGAAGAAGAUCCUCGAGUAUAAUAUCACAUGUCGAACCAGAAACUUUUGAAGACGAGAAUGACCAACAGUUAUUACCAAAUAUGAACGCUACUUGGGUUGACCAACGCGGGGCCUGGAUUAUUCAUAUCGUUGUCAUUGCCAUACUAAAAAUCUUUUACGAUUUGAUACCGGGAGUGUCUACCGAAUGGUCUUGGACCCUCACUAAUAUGAGCUACGUGAUCGGUUCAUAUGUCAUGUUCCAUUUGAUCAAGGGUACGCCCUUCGAUUUCAAUGGUGGGGCCUAUGACAAUCUAACGAUGUGGGAACAGAUUAAUGACGAGACAUUGUACACGCCAGCACGUAAGUUUCUUAUCAUGGUACCCAUAGUGCUAUUUCUGGUGAGUACGCAUUACUCACAUUACGAUCUGAAGCUAUUCUCGUGGAAUUUCUCGCUUACAUUCCUAUUGGCGGUGGUGCCCAAAUUGCCAGUAACUCAUAGACUAAGAAUCUCUAUUCCAGGUAUCACGGGCCGGGCACAAAUCAGUUAG